UUACUUCUUGUAGCGCGAUGCUGGACUGGUGAAUGCUGGUGAUAAGGCUGAGCUAUAUAUCGCCCACUAGGCAAGAGGAACGGGCAAUAUAUCGCCGAGUCGCCGGCGGCGAUAGACAUGACAACUGGCUUGAAAGCCUUAAACGCCAUUGCCGUACCUAUCAAUCUCGCCUCCAAAGCCUCUCUCCUCCGCCCUUUUCACUUGCCUCAUCAGCUCCACCACAGAUUCCAUUUCCCUAUAUUGCGCUCUGCUUCUCCUUUUUUUCCACUCUGCUCACUGCCUGAAAAAAGCAGUGUGAAAGCCUUGCCUGAUGGAGCUGGUGAGGCUGUGAGUGAGGCUUCAAAGAAUGGCCUUCUUCAAGUGGUUUUAGUUUCUCCUCAGAUUCCUGGAAAUGUUGGAAGUAUUGCGAGAACUUGUGCAGCAUCUGGUGUUAAACUCCACCUGGUUGAGCCAUUAGGAUUUCAAAUUGAUGAUACAAAGCUAAAGCGUGCAGGACUGGAUUACUGGCCAUAUGUUGUUGUAAAAGUGCAUCAAUCAUGGUCUGAAUUUCAGGACUAUUUCAGCGGACAGACUGGGGACAAGAGGCUUUUGGCAUUUACUAAGAGAGGGACAACAAUACAUUCAGACUUUACCUACAGGAGGGGUGAUUGGCUUGUAUUUGGCUCAGAAACUAAAGGGUUGCCACCCGAAAUCCUGCUUGAUUGCAAGACACAACCACAUGGCGGAGGGACUCUCCGGAUUCCAAUGGUUGAAACAUAUGUUAGGUGCUUGAAUUUAUCAGUGAGUGUUGGCAUUGCUUUAUACGAAGCUUCUCGUCAAAUAAACUACGAGCAGCUUCAGUCUGAGCAAGAACCUUGUACGCAUAUAUCGUUUACUACUGAAGAUAUUUUUGCCUAGUUUUUUUUUUCUGCGCACUAUGCAAAAAUGCUUCAAUAUUCUUUUUUCUCCUUAUACGCCUGAUUUGUUAUUGUUCUCUUUGA